UGAUUAAAAUAAGAUCUUUGAUCCGCUCCGUUAUUGUUAUGUCGCUACACAAAGAUCUGAAGACAUCCCGUGUGGGGUCACGUCGGUGUCAACUUUGGUUUGGCCAAUCAAAUCGUCACUGCUUACAUCUUUGGAUGUAAAAGUAAAUAACGGUAAGCCUCGAAAAGUUCCGAAUGUUUAAACUUCCGAAUGAAAAAAAAAACAUGGCAGCGCCAGUUGGAACACAUGGGAGUACUCGGACUACCCCACGAAAAGUCUAUCCUCUGGGGAACAUUUGCCUUAUCUGUGGGUUUUCAUUUGUGAGCAAAUCUGUUGACACUGAUGGCAACAUUAAAAUUAACAAAUACCUGGACAAAAAACUCCGACUUUCCACGGACCGAAUGAAAGUUUUGAAAGAUGUGUGCGGAAUUUCGGAUAGUGUGGUAUAUCCAACUGACACAGGUGUGUGUCAGAAGUGUUUCAGAAGUACCGAAAGAGUAUUAAAACUGGAAAAGGAAGCAGCAACUAUGAGGGAAUCUUUUAAAGCAUCUGUUCAACUCACACUGCAAAGGUUUAAUGUUUGUGUGCCUUCCCCCUCUAAAAGAUUCAUAGAAAAGAGAGAAAUAAGGAGCCCAUUUAAAGAAAAUACAGAUGUGAAGAGGGUUCGACCAGAUGAUCCACUGUUAGUACCUAUCAGAAGGGUAAUGCCCGUGAAGCUGGUACAACUCCAGCCUGCCAGCGCUAAUGUAAUUGUGAACAAAGCACGGCGCUCUCUUGGUGGGGACUUUUUGAAACAGAUAUCAACACCGUUGAAUGAACUUCAGUAUGUAUUCAGUAUUUGUCUAAACUUGAUUAUUGUCCAUAUUAAACUGAUAGAAAACAUGUAAAUAUUGAUCAUGUUGAUAGAUUUUAUAUAUAUAAGCAAAUUAUGACAUUUUUAGGUCACCUGAAUUCAUUCAGGUGACCUAUUGCUAUCUGUUUUUGUCCGUCGUCGUUCGUCGUGCGUUAACAUUUGAACAUUUUCAGCUUCUUCUCUGAAACCCCAUAACCAAUUUCAACCAAUUUUGGCAUAUAGCAUCUGUGGGUAAAGGGGAACAAAAAUUGUGAAAUUCGUGGUCCCUGCCCCCCUGGGGCCUGAGGGGUGGGGCAAAAACCAUCAAAAUGAGUGUAAUUUUAAAAAAUCUUCUUCUUUACUCCUGGACAUCAAGAAGCCAAACUGUGGGCAUAAUUAUAAUGAGCGUUGAGCCCUCUACCAAAAGUGUGAAAUUCAUGGCCCCUGGGGCAGGGGUUCUUGUGUUAGGGUGGGGCUCUAUUGGUCAUAUAGUGAAAAUGUAGAAAUUCUUUGAAA